AUGGGAGCACCCGAUCGAACAGUCGGUUUACCAUACCACCUAGCCUAUCCCAUCCUAUCUUCUGUCCUUUUGGCCAUAGCUGCGUUCUCAGGCGCAGAUUCAGUAUGGUAUGUAUCGGUCAGUACGCAGAGUCAAGUGAUACGAUUUGGUUCUCAAAAUUAUUGCGGCUACAACGUCUCCAACCUCGUCAUAACAGGUAAACUAGGAUGUAUAUUCAGAGGAUUUCAAUAUCAAAUACCUUCUGGAUAUUUUGGGUUUCCCGUGCCGAAUGAUAUCAAUUUGAAUACGAGUAAAGUAGCAGUAACAAGUGUGGUUGCUUUUGCAUUAGUGUUAAUCACCGGAGCUCAUCAUGCUUAUACUAUCCGAUAUUCAUUCCGUAAAAGUCCUAUGCCAAAUGAAGAUAAGCUAUAUAGUUUAGCUAUGAUUCAUUUCAUUUCCGUAUCUGUGUGUUUUCUUUUCACAUGGGUAUCAUUCAUCGCUCAAGCAGCUAUAAUCGGCCAUGCAGUCUCACAAUCCAAUAACAUCGUCACCUCUGACGACAAUGAUGAUUUGGGUAAUGGCGUGGCGAUAUACUGGGGUCAAAGUGUAUGGUUGGUCUUGGCUAGUGCUGUUAUUCAUUUUGGAUGGGGUUAUGAGGCAGUCAGAUGGAGGGUCGCUUUGAUAAAAUGA